AUGCGUUUCUCGGCUCAAUCAACUGUUUUCGCCAAACGCAUAUAUGAGUUCUUCGGCCAAUUUGAUGAUUUACGCAAACGCAUAUAUGCGGCGUUAGUCCGCAAAGGGUUAACAUCGGCAGCGGAACAAUUCACUCAUCAUUCAUCAUUCCGAUUCAAAUUGAGAAAUUUGCUAAUCUUCGGGGUGAAUCCAAAAAAAAAAUUUGAAUCUAUGAUCAAUCCUGUUCGUGUAUUGAUUAUGGACGAAUAUUCAGUGGCAAGACCAGCACUUUUGGCUAUGAUCAACGACAGGUUACAGAGCGCGAAAGGAAACCGAUUUUUAUUUGGAGGCGUUUUUGUUUAUUUAGUUGGAGAUAUAUUCCAAUUACCCCCUGUUCUUGCACCUGCUUUUUUCUCUAAAAUGAAUGGAAACACUAAUUCUUUAGAUGUAAGAGGGAGAGAGAUUUUUCGAAGUGAAUUUAAGAAAGUAUUCAUUUUGACUUCAAACCACAGACAAGUUGGUAGCAGUCAAUCUGCCUUCAGAAACAUGCUGACCAACUUGAGUAGGGGUGAGGAUUUGGAGUCAAUAGUUAACUUUCUGAAUCAAAGAGUCAGAAAAGGAACGGACAACACCGAAAAUCACACAAUCAUUUCACACACAAAAGAAUUAGUUAAACAGACUAAUUACACAAAAUUGGAACAAACGCGAAUGCCUGUCGCUUUAAUAGAAGCAAAAAAUGUGCCUCGUGAUGCUGAAGCUGCUGAUUGUGGAUUUCCAAACAUACUGCAAAUUUCUGUUGGAUCUAAAGUCAUACUCAUAUACAAUUUGUCAGUAAGACAUGGAUUGGCAAACGGCUCUCAGGGAAUUGUGAAAGAUAUCAUCUACAUAUAA